GUGAGGCGCGGGCGGAGCUGCGGCCGCUCCGGGGGCUCCGGGCGGGACCGGCCCCGCGGGCUCCGAGCGCUCCGGGCGCUCUCGCCGGCCAUGACCGGCGAGAAGCUCCGCUCGCUGCGCAGGGACCACAAGCCCAGCAAGGAGGACGGGGACCUGCUGGCGGCCGGCGAGGACGAGGCGGCCGCGGCGCCCGGGGGCGCCUUCACGGGCGGGAAGGGCGGGCGGGCCGGGGGGCACCGCGGGCCCGGAGCGCACCGGCACCGCCCGCCGGCCCGGGCCGCUCCCGCCGGGCCCGAGCGCGGCCCCUUCCCCGUGCACGAGUGCGUGUUCAAGGGGGACGUGCGGCGGCUCUCGGCGCUCAUCCGCACCCAGGGCAUCGCCCAGAAGGACAGUCACGGAAACACUCCUUUACAUCUUGCUGUGAUGUUGGGACAUAAAGAAUGUGCCCACCUGCUUUUAGCCCAUAAUGCUCCAGUAAAGGUGAAAAACGCUCAGGGAUGGAGCCCUCUGGCCGAAGCCAUCAGCUAUGGAGACAGACAGAUGAUUUCAGCACUCCUGAGGAAGCUCAAGCAGCAGUCCAGGGAAAGUGUUGAAGAGAAGAGACCUCGGUUGUUAAAAGCCCUGAAAGAGCUAGGUGACUUCUAUCUAGAGCUUCACUGGGAUUUUCAAAGUUGGGUGCCUUUACUUUCCCGAAUUCUGCCUUCUGAUGCAUGUAAAAUACACAAACAAGGUAUAAAUAUCAGGCUGGACACAACUCUGAUAGACUUUACAGACAUGAAGUGCCAACGAGGGGAUUUAAGCUUCAUUUUUAACGGUGACGCCGCACCCUCCGAAUCUUUUGUAGUUUUAGACAAUGAGCAAAAAGUUUACCAGCGAAUACAUCACGAGGAAUCUGAGAUGGAGACAGAAGAGGAGGUUGACAUUUUGAUGAGCAGUGAUAUUUACUCUGCCACCUUAUCCACCAAAUCCAUCACGUUCACACGGGCCCAGACAGGGUGGCUCUUCAGGGAGGACAAAACUGAGAGAGUAGGAAAUUUUCUGGCAGAUUUCUACUUGGUGAACGGACUUGUAUUGGAAUCCAGGAAAAGAAGGGAACAUCUCAGUGAGGAGGACAUCCUUCGGAAUAAAGCGAUCAUGGAGAGCCUGAGCAAAGGGGGCAACCUCAUGGAGCAAAAUUUUGAGCCCGUGCGCCGGCAGUCGCUGACGCCGCCGUCCCCCAACACCAUCUCCUGGGAGGAGUACAUCUCUGCAGAGAGUGGCAAAGCUCCUCACCUGGGCAGGGAGCUGGUCUGCAAGGAGAGCAAGAAAACCUUCAAAGCCACAAUAGCAAUGAGCCAGGAAUUCCCGUUAGGAAUUGAAUCGUUGUUGAAUGUCUUAGAAGUCAUUGCACCCUUCAAGCACUUUAACAAACUUAGAGAAUUUGUUCAAAUGAAGCUUCCACCAGGCUUUCCUGUCAAAUUAGAUAUCCCGGUGUUCCCCACCAUCACGGCCACUGUGACGUUCCAGGAGUUCCGUUACGACGAGUUCGAUGACUCCAUCUUCACCAUUCCCGACGACUACAAGGAGGAUCCCAGCCGCUUCCCGGACCUCUAACGGGACUGCCAGGUUCCUGGGGAAUAUCCACAUCCCAGGGAAAGGGAAUGGCUGCACCCACAGUAGAGUAGAGCCGUGGGGCACAGCAAGGGAUGAACUCCACGAGCCCGCAGCGAAGGGAACGGGCAGCAGUGCAGAUGUGCUGGCACUGCACUGGGCAUCCAGCCCCUCCAGCUCCCGCUUCCCAGAGCCUCCUGCUGCCAUUCCCUUUGGCACAGCCAGUCCUGGCCCGGGAGCUGCCACCCCUAGCUGGGAGGAGCUGCUGGUUUUUAAAUUUUUUACAUGUGUGGUGAUCCACAAGGCGCUGCUGGACCUUGGCACCGAGCUGGGCCCGGGGCUGGGGGUGAGCCCCCUGUCCUUCCCGUGUUCCCUGUUCCCUGAGCUCACAGCUCAGCCAUGGAAUGUUGGAAGGUAUCCCAAAGGAAUGCCUUGGCUGUAGAUGAAUGAACCAAACGGGCACCACUGACACUUGGAUUUCCUCCUGCAACCCAGGGCAGAGCCAGCUGUGCCCUGCAGGGAACGAGGCACCUCUGGAGCACUGGCCCAGCCUGGUGCUGGCCCUGCCUGAUCCCUUCAUUCCCGCUUCCCUCGCUGCUCUCUGCUCCCUGCCUGGCUCCCUGUGGUUUUGGGGAGCACUCCAGGGCUGCCUGGCCAGGAAUGUCACUUGUUAAUCCUUUCUUUGACCCUCACUUGGGAGAGUUGUCCCAGGAAGGCCAAGCACCACCAGGCCAGUUUGUGUGUGCCCUCAGCAGCCUGGAAAACUGGGAUGCACAGAGGCACUGGGAAAAGCUCAGGCAUUCCCCCUUCAUGCAGGAGGAGCUUUCCCUGCACUUGGGGUCAUCGUGGUGCUCUCGGGAGCUUUCAUUGGGAUGUUUCCACAGUCAUUUCCUGCCUCUUCUUAUUUUAAUCAGAGAAUCCCACACUGGCUUGGGGUGGGAGGGACCUUAAAGCUCAUCUUGUCCAACCCUCCUUCAUGGGUGUUUAGUACUCCAGCUCCUCGAGCUUAUUCCCAUUCCCAGUGGUUCCAGUCUCCUCAUCUGACAAUAAUCCACCUUUGUGGGGUUGGUUAGGCAGGAUUUGUGCAAAAGGCUGAUGGUGCUAUUUGUUUGUAUGAAGAAAUUUAGAUUCAAGUGCUGUGGUGUCGUUGUACAAAAAUGUAAAUAUUUUCCAAAUUAUAUUCUUUGUGCACUGUAGGUAAAACUUUUUCUGGAAUUCCAUAGAGUUAAGGAUCAAAGUUUAUAAUGAAGAGGAUCACUGAUGCUCAGUGGAGGGAACAGCUGUGCUGAGCACGAGGGACAAGGGAGGGGCUCAGCACAGGGCCAGGUGUCAGGCACACCUGAGAGCAGGGAUUCCAAACUGCUGGAAUCUCUGAUCCAUCCCAAAGAGGCUGCUCUGGGAAAGGACAUGGAGGAGGCCCAGGGAAUCAUUGUCGGCAAAGUCCAGGUGCACUGGGGUGGGAGGGUGGGGUUGGUCCUUUCCCAGCACCUCUGUGAACCUGGGGAACAGGGGAGCACUGGGACAUGUGGGAAUAGGGAAACACUGGGACAGGGAAGUUCUGGGAUGUGUGGGAACAGGGGAGCACUGGGACAGGGGAGCAGUGCAGCUUUGUUGUUAAUUCAAACUCAAACCCAGCAUAAAACUUUAGGGAAAACAAGCAAAGGGAAGUGACUCCUGCAGUGCUGUGUCAGGGCAGGUGUGGAGCAUCCUCUGGGAAUGAUGGAACUUGUGCUCCCAGGUAAUGAUGAAUUCCUGAUGUGUUUCACACCUCUGGGAUGAACUGACACCAUUUGUGCUGCUCCUGGGAGCCAGGUGGGAUCCUCUGGGACAGACUGGGAAUGGCCGUGGGGCUAAGCUGGAGCUUGGAUCGGUGCCUGUGGGGCAGCACAGGGCUCUGUCCCGUCCCUCCCUGGUGUCCCUUGUCCCUCCCAGGGGUCCCUUCAGGAUGUUCUGUGUAGCUGCAGGACCUGUGCCAGGUGUGGAGCCGCAGCCGGUGCCCUACAGGGCACCCCAUUCCUUGGGAAUUCCAGUGAAGGCAGGAGGCUUCACCCCAAGGUGAACGUCAGAAAUCCCUUUCCUCAGUGGUACAGGGAGGAUCCCUGGUGUUUUGUGUUGCUUUGCAUUUUUGGUUAUCCCAAAUUCAUCCCUGGCUCCGUGAAGCAUUGCUGGGGCUGUGGGGCCUGGGCAGCGCAGCCACUGCUGGUUCCCGGGGUGGAUCCUGGGCUUGGAACUGGAAAACAAAAAGGGUUUUGUGCAGCCUUCCAUGGGCCUGAGGCUCCUGUGGCUCCAUCCCCCCUGGAACAGCCCCUGCUGGGGGCUGCUGGCCGUGGGGUGUCUGCCCCAAGCCCAGGGCAGGUCCUGGAAGUGUUUCCUGUGGUUCCUGUGGCCUCUGGCUGCAGAUCCAGGGGAUUUUAACUCCCCAUGACACGGCUGCUCCCUGGGCCACCUGCAGGGUUUGCAGGAAGGGUGGCAGUGAGCUGCUCCUAAGGCUUGUUCUGUGUUGGAAUGUGGGCACAGGUUUGGAACUGUCCUUGUUCUGGUUUAUCCCAGGGAAUCCCGGCUGCUCCUGCCCUCCCUGUGGAGCUGAGGGAUGGGAAUUCCCUGGAUUGCCCCCCAGCUCCCAGGCAGCCCUGCAGGCUCCCAGAGCUGCUCUCGGUACUUGUCCCUCCUUCCGGGAUGUGUUUCCUGUCUGAACAUUCCGAGUGAGGAGUUCUCAUGCGUAGGGACAGGUUUCCCAAUGGAUGCACUGCAGGAAUCCUCAGUGAGAGGGACGCUGUGCUGAGCCUUGGGCUGCCUGUGGAUCCCGAGGGACUGCCCACGUUGAGAUCCAUGUUGAUAUCCAUGUUUUCUCCACUAAAGCCUGUUUUUGUCACUGGUUGUGUUGCAUGGACACAGGGAAUGUUUGUGGGCCCCGAUGUCUCCGGGGUGUUCCCAGCCCUGGCCGUGUGUGGGGCACAGGGUCCCUCCCCUCUCCCGUGGCUCUGGGAAACUCCUUUUCCAAGCAGGAUUGAUCCAGCAGAGCCUCACAUCGGGUUUUCCCAUUUUCCCGAAGGCCAGGCCGGGUGUUCCAGGAGGGUCUGGUCCCUGGGAGUGAACACAGAUCCAUGGAUCGUGUCCGUGCAGCAGCUCCAGCUCAUCUCUGUGGCCUGGGAACGUCAGGGGGACCAGGAGCAGCCUCCGGACACCCCAGCUGGGAGUUGGUGUCCGAGGCAGGAGGAGAAGGGAGCUGGCACAGGCUGGGUGGGAAUCACAUCCUGCUGCUCCUGGGGGUCGGGGCUGCCCGGGCUGGGGCUCCCCUCCCACCACAUCUUUUUCCUGAGGUUUUUUAUGGCUCUUAAAAGACAACCAGGAAUUUUGCUCAACCCAAUUCCGACCUCGCUGUGGAAGGAUCCCGCGGGUUGUUUCUGAACCAAACUGUUCCUCUGGUCUUCCAAACUCCUGCUCUGUCCUGUGGCAAAGGGAACUCCCUGGUUUUCCUCUCCCGGAGCUGCUGUCCGGCCACUGCACUCCCACCACUGCAAUUCCCGAUUCCUGCGUUGAAUCCGUUUGUCACCCCCGGAUGUGUUUGUGCUGGAAUCCCACCGUGUUCUGUUGAUAUUCCCAGCAACCCUCUGUUAUUUUACUGUCUCUGCUCCUGAGUUGUAAUUCCCACCAGGAGAACUGCGUUAUUUAAUCCGGAUUAACCAGUUCCUGUAAUGCUGCAGUUUCACUUUUCCUGACAAUUUGUAACUCCCGUGGAAAACGAGUUGCCUCUUGCGUUUUCCUGUCGUCUGCUCCCUGUUUUUCUCUUCCCUUCACUCAUAGUCACUUUGGGUUGUAUCAUUGUUAGAGUAAAGACCAAACUAUGCUGUUGGAUUCGGAAACUGCUCCACCUGUGCAAUCCAGGCUUCCCUCUCCUGUCCUGGCGCUUCCCGGGACUCGGCUCCGCUGUGGCCGCGCGUCUGGAGCGGGAUCCGAGGGGAGGGAACGAGCUCCUGCUGCUGCGUUCUGCAAGGGCAUUUUCUUGGUCAUUUUUUAAAUAAAAUCCUGCAUUUUCAUUACA